AUGAUUAGAAGGGUCACUGGAAGCUUCAUUAGAGGAUUCUUCACUAUCACUGGAAGAUUCAUAAUAGACUGCACUAGGAUUAUAAUUAAUUUCAACAUCUUCAGCAACAUUGUAGAGAGAUUUAAAAUCUGCUUUUACACAUGCAGUUUCUAUAUCAAUGUUUGCUGGAUGAUCCAUCAGAGACCAAUUGUGUUUGAGGUAGUUUAUUAUCAGGUUGUUAGCAGUUAUAGAUAUCUGAUGACAG